AUGGCCGGCAGAAGUCUUUCGCGCCGCGCACUGGCAGCGAAUGUCUAUAUCUCUGAGGGACGAGACCGGGCCACCAUCGCCAAGAUCGUGGCAGCAGGUACGCAGCCCGGUGUGAUCCUGGGUAAUGAGUUCGUGGAUCCGGUCUACAACCGGUCAGGCCUCACCUUGGCUUCUGCAGAGGCCUCCAAAGUGGAG